UAAAAUGUCCGCAUCCGCUGGACACGAAGGCGAAGUCUUGCAUAAAGUUCCUCAGCCAUGCGACAAAGAUCACGAUGAACGAGAAGCAACAGAACUUGGACCUGUGCAACAUGGACAUCCAACUGCGGCCACGAGAUCAGCUUCGAUCGAUGCGACAAACACUUCUCGUGAUGAAACUCCAGUACUUGGUGGUUUAAAAAGUUGGUGGAAGCACUAUAUUCAGUUACAUGUCCCUCACGCAGAUUGUAGAGAUCACCUUGCCAAUGAACGAACGUUUCUCGCCUACCAACGCACCUCGCUCGCACUCUCAAUGCUGGGAAUCGUCACCGCUCAGCUCUUCAGCCUGCAGCGCUCGCCAGACCCAAAGUCCGACCCGGUGUUUGGCUAUCACACUGUUGGCAAGCCUUUGGCUGGUCUCUUCCAGAGCGCUGCAAUUGUUGUGAUUCUUAUUGGCGGCCAUCGGUUUUGGCGUCAGCAGAUGAAUAUGGCUAGAGGCAAGGUUCGGGCUGGUGGGUGGGAGAUAUGGACCAUUAUGGCAUUCAUGUUGCUUGUCAGUUGUUCCUCUUUCCCUGCAUCUUCCUCGCAUUGGUCUUUCUCAAUUUGUGUCUCUCGGACUGACAUCAGCUUUUUACAUGCAGCUUCUCGUGUUUGUGUUUGGUCUAUUGAUCGCCUG